GUAGAGUGUUCAGUGCGGGUUCUGGGGGCGGCGCGGGCGGGUCUGCCUCCGUUCGAAACGAGCCCUUGGCGACAUCAGUCGCACAUACAAGGGAGCCCGGCUAGUCAACAAAUAUUCAUUACCAUAAUAAUUUCAAUUCAACCGGGCUCGCCUUGAUCCUUAACCAGUAUCUCAACACCCUAAAAUCCCACCAGUUCGAUAAAACUCGACGAGAAAUUCACAAUUCUCAGAAUUCUCCAGGAACAGGGUUAAAACAUUCAACGAGAAGCAACCCGUCGUGAUCGUCCCCAACUCGUUGCAGUUUUCAGUAUGGAGUGCCCCGGACCCGUAGAAAGGGGCAGGAACUUUCGUCUACUUAUGAAUGAGGAGCUUCCACUACUUUUAGAAUUUCUCGCCGGAUACUUACCCGAGUCACUCAAGUUCCAUCAGACAGUCCUGACAUAUAUGAGAAACAAAGUAUGGCAGUUUCAUUUUUAUGUUGCUGAUGGUUGGCCGGCUGUCCCCAUUUGCUUGCAUUUCCCAGGGAUGACAUUGUCUCCACACGGUCUCCUGUACGAGAGCUUCGGUGUAUUCUGUCCCAAUAAGAGCCUCGAUAAUCUUCACCUGCUGCGCGAUGAGGACAUUUUGAUCGACUGGGAGAAACCAAUGUACAUUAAUUUCGUCCACCACGAGAUUGCUGGGGAGUUGUUCGAUCUUUACGACGGAACUGGAACGAUUGAACGUGUCCUGGGUGAUGUGUGGGCCUGCGAGGAUCCAGCGAAUACCAUACAAAUUGAGGACGAGCCCAUUGAGGGUGAACCAGAGGUCCAGGUUCUGCCUCUGUGCCCUGAGCACGCCGAGGGCAUACACGAGCUUUAUCCAGCUAAUGAUAUGGAGUGCCAUGAGCUGUUUCUUCGUUUGAUACGAAUAUUACCAGCAGCUGGAGUUUUCGUUGAUGGAAAAUUGGCUGCUUGGAUGAUACAAUCGUACUAUGGGGCCAUGUUCUCCAUGCAGACUAAGCCGGAGUAUAGGAGAAAAGGAUAUGGCACGAGACUUGCUAGGUACCUGACAAAAACAGUAGCAGACAGGGGCUACACUCCCUUCGUCGUGAUACGUCCAGAAAAUGAGGCCAGCCAGAGUCUUUACAAAAAACUUGGCUUUAGAAAACUUUAUCAAACAGUCCGAGCAACGUUUACUCCUUACAAUUGUCAAAAAAUUUUAGACGAAGAUGCCUCACUGCAGAGCACUGAUUUGUCCGAUAUUGUCAGAAAAUUUCAAAUGGAACAACGAGUUAUUGACGUAUUGCAGGGCGAUGAGGACACAACUGUUAUGGCAGAUAAUGAGGAUAAUGAGGGGGAUGAUACUAUUCGCGAUCCAACGGAUUCGCCAAAGGAGGAUGACGAGGAUGAAAUUGAAGAGAACGGUUUCACGAGGAAUGCUGAGUGUCUUCAGCCAAUCGAGGAACAGCCUGAGGACAGAAUAGACUCGGUAGAUGAUGAUCGGUGUGAAAAUAAUGGUACCAUGCAGGAUGUGGUCAGCACCGAUGCGGGUGAUUGCCCUGAUGACAAUGGGGAUGAAUAGAGUUUAAAAUAAAGAGAACUUUUUUUUAGCUAGAGAAAUAUUUCAAUACUCGAGGUGCGCUCGAUUGAUCCUUUAUGUUUCAUUUUUUUUUUCAUCGAAUGCCGCAAAUGCUUUUGCCUCUUUCAUUAAUUCUGAAUUAUUUUAAACAAUUAUGUGGCAAAAUUACCAUCGAAUAUCUUCCAAAAUGUCCGAUCGAGUGCUCCUCGGGUAUUGAAAUUUGAAAGAAACUAAUGUGUGUUUUUGGUGGGACAAUUAAAUGGGAAAAUUGAAAAGAAAAGCAGAUGACAGACGCUUUGAAAUCAUUCCAUAAUGAAUUAAUAAUAAUUUAGCUUCCUAAUGGCAGCUUAAACCAUUCCAAGUUGCAAAAUCUCAAUUUCUCUAUUUAACGAAUACCCUAAAAGCACAAAAAUUAUUACAUCUGAAAGAAAGGCAAAAAUAUUUUAACGAAAAUUUUCAAAAGGCAGAUACAAUUCAGCGAUAAAAUGUGGGGAUUCGCUCGAGGUCCCAGUCUGUAAAUUCACGUGCGGAGAUAUCCGGCUUCUCUGUACGAAUACCUCAUAUCAUAUUUUUCAGAAGAAAAUAAACGCGAUAUAGGGACCGCCUAGCAGGCUCAGGACCAAGGGAAACUAGUAGAAAGCUGCGUACUCAGACCAUCAAUUCCUCUGUUCAUUAAAGCAAUCGAGAUUAUUUCCACUGAUUUAACAGUUCAAAGACAAUCGCAUUAUAAUUUUCCAAACGAUUUCACGGAAUACUAACUGACAAAUUUAUCAUUCCAUUGACCUCUGAAAUAAAGAGCCGAUUAAAUUCCAAAUUUAUAAAUACACAAUAAAACCUUAAUCAUUAAAUUUCUUCUCGAUUGCACCGAGAAAUUGAGUAAACAAACCUAAACUUCAUGGAGUUGAUGAAAAUAUUGAAAAAAUAAAAAUAAAACCGAGCCUUUCCUUGAUAGUACACUGACGAGACAAAUCGAGUCAUUGAUCGGUGAAAGCAAUCUGUGAUUAUUAUUUCUCUGUAUAAAGUAUGUAGGAACGUAAACGUGUCGUAAGAGUAUGAAAAUUAAAGGAAAUAAGAAUUUAAAAAAAAAAACACUCCUGGGACCUUGAGCGAAACUUAUGAAGGUAAAAAUAGUGAUGAAAAUAAUGAGAAAAGAAAGCCCUGAAUAAUCAGAACGACAGGAAACCAUUAUUGAUGCAGUUCUCGAUUGAUUGACAAAGAAGUUGAGAAACAUUUCCGAUAAAUGUGACAGUGUCCUUGCAGUGAUUAACAUUUAAGGGCGUUGAAGUAUUGUGGAAAGGAGACACAGGUGGAUCAAGCUCGAGCCUCAGAGGUAAAUAAACAAACAAUUAGUCACCUCAGAUAGAUAGGUUACUUGUAUAAUUUUUUCUACGUUUAAUAGGUGAUAAUCAAAUCAAUUGUAUACAGAUAGAAUGAUAAUAAGAAUAAUGAAGAUGAGUAUGAGAUGGGGCUUAAGUUGGAGUCACCUGGAUUUAUUCCUGGAAAUGUAAAAAUAUGUAUUAUGAUUGAUUUCCUGAGCUAAUGUGAGAGAUGAGAAAUAUAAGAGACGAAGGAAUCUUCAUACUAUUCAAAUUAUUCGAAGAUAUAAAAAAUAAAUCAUUUUUAUUCACUGAGAGAUGAUACGUAUGGUCCAAUAGGAAGACAGGGAUUUUUUUCCCGCUCUUCCAUUUGGCAGGAGUAAGUAUUUUUUUGGCAAUACUGACAGUGUAUAUGACAGAAUGAUACAAAAAAACUCGUAUUAUCAAUUUGUUUAACUCAAUUGGUUUAAUUACUGUGUUAUUAUUUUGUGGAUUACUUAUUUAGUAAAUUUCUGUGACUCGUAUGAACUCGGGAAUGAGGGCAAGCUGUGAUACUUUAUCCAAUACAUUGUAUUAUGCUCUGAGAGUAUCAAUAUGUAUUUUAAUUACACGCGACAGGAGGAGAAUGGAAAUCCACAAGUUUCUCAUAGUUUUACAGUUACUUUAAAUGCUUUCCAGUAUUUUAUAAUUUUCUAUCAAUUAUUUUGUCAAUUGAGACACUCUGAGGGAAUUAUGAUAAUUAAGAUGUAAAUCUCCCAGGGAUUAUCGCGUCAAUUAGAUUUUAUCCUCUGGAUAAAGUGAGACAUUUGAAAAUAAUGGGGAAGUGACAGAAAAUAUCUAGUUGACGUUCUUAUCCGGCUGAUGAACCACGCCAAUGCCUCAAAUUUAUAUUCCUAUUAUAGUAAAUGCAGUAUAAAGGUGCCAUCAGAAAGAGAAAAGGGAGUUUUUUUUUUUUUCACAAUGACCACACUUUCUCCGUUUGCUCAAUUAUAUUUCAUUGCUUAAAGCUCUUAUUUGAGUCUAAUUGUUUCUCAGAGUCUCAAUGAUGACUACGACGUGAUAAAUUGCGGGAAAGUAGGAGUAAAUGAGAGUUUUGGUUGAAUUAUUGCACAAUAGAGGAAAAUAAAAAUUAAUAAAUUUGUUUAAAAGCUAACAACAACGAAUUCAGCUUCCAGAAAAAUAAAUCAUUCGCCAAAUUAUCGUAGUGAACGGCUUGCUAGCGUUAUGUUUAAGGAGAUAAAUUUAUCUCGCACUCUAGGGGCCUAACACUGACCAGAUAUGCGAUAAAGUUAUUGAAUUAUUUGAAUUCUCUUCUGAUUCAAGAUUAUUGUGAAUCGGUUUAUAUCGAGCAAAAUGAUCUCUCGCUGACCAAUCAUUUGGCAUGGAACGAAUUACACUUUCCAAUCGAACAAACCCGUGCGAAUAAACUAAUGCCCUUUUCAUUGCUCUCUCUUUCUCUCUCUCUCUCUUUCUCCCUCUUGCACAUUUCGCUUGUCAAUGACAGCAGUGUUUAUCCGCCUGUCAAUACUAUCAAUAACAACAAAAAAAAAACACUACAAUUUACUAAAAUGGGAAAUGACAACAAAGUAUUACAAUGGAUGAAUAAAGAUUACAUGUACAGGUGAAAUGUCUUAUGUGUAAUAAACGGUGAAAUGAGUAUUUGUAAAGUUGAGGAAGAGUGUGAGGUGAGAUAAUAUUAGAGUGAUCUCUUUCGGACAAUGAAAUUUCACGUU